AUGACGUUAAAUCUAACCAUUCUGAUAGUCUUGCUGACAUCAGUAGCAGCCAACAAAACGUCACAUUCGCUCAAUGCAACCUUGAAAACUUUCGACCCACGAUUACUUAACUCGACGGCUGAUCGAGACAUAGCAAUGCAGAAUGUUCCUUUGAUCCGUCUAACCAGGCAUCUUCUGUCUCCGGAGAGAUAUGAUGUCCGAGUCAGACCAAUUCUUGAUCACAAGAAAUCCCUCAAAGUGCACAUCAGCAUAUCCCUCUAUCAGAUUAUAGAAGUGGAUGAACCUUCACAAAAUAUCAAACUGAAUGUUUGGAUGAUUCAAAAGUGGAAGGACGAGUAUCUCGACUGGAAUCCGAAUGAAUUUGGAAUGAUAACUCCACCAUCAUUCCAUUCCAUCAUCUCUGGAUUCCUGACACAUACCUCUACAACAGCAUUGAACAUUCGAUUCUUUCCAUACGACAGACAGAACUGUACACUGACCAUUUCGAGUUGGACGAAUUCAAAAUCUGCGCUCGAUUACUACGCAGAUCCACAAGUCAGCAUGCAAUCAUUCAUUCCCAACGAAGAAUGGCAGGUGAAGUCAUUCGAAAUUCAUAGACACGAGUACAAAUACGCAUGUUGUGCCGAGCCAUGGGUGAUCCUUCAAGCUUCAUUGGUUAUUCAAAGAAAACCGCUUUACUACCUCGUAAACCUCAUUAUUCCAACAUCCAUCAUUACUCUUGUGGCUAUCACUGGAUUCUUCACUCCGGCCUCUACAGAUGAUGAUAGAACAGAAAAGAUUAAUUUGGGUAUCACAACGCUUCUAGCAAUGUCUAUCUUGAUGUUAAUGGUGUCUGAUCAAAUGCCCACCACAAGUGAAUUCGUUCCACUCAUCGCUUGGUUUUACCUCUCCAUUAUUAUCAUCAUUUCUAUUGGAACUUUUUUGACAAGUGUGGUUUUGUCUGUGCAAGGACGUCGUCAAUACGGAAGGAAUCCGCCGCAAUUCAUCCGUUACAUCUUCUUCGUUAUUCUUCCACAAGUUCUCCUUCUUAACGUUCCUCCACCACUUCAGACCCUUUGGGGUGAGCUCGAUGAUGACCCAUUGAAUGUUCGACGACGAAAGAAGUCUCAGCUCCUCACCAGAAACAUUCACAACGGAUCAACUAAAAUGCAAUCACCAAUGUCAACACUACGUGUGCCUCCAUCUGCUGGAAGCGUUUCUGAUAAGCGCCAAUCCUUCCAAAUGAUUGAUGUUACAUCUCCAAACUCUCCGAACACCGCAAGAUCUCGUGCACCUUCUCUUGCUCCGUCUACAGCCAAAGCUACGAUGUGGGAGGGUACUAUGUCGGCCCUUGCAGGAACAAAUACACAACUGCGGAGAACUUCAAAUGUUUUCAAUAAAGAAGUGGAUGAAAUGCGAAGAAAACGACAAUGCUCUCUGGAGUGGGAGUUCUUGGCUACCGUACUUGAUCGGUUCCUUCUAAUAGUAUUCGUCGGAGCAGUUCUGAUUGUCACCUCUGGUCUGAUCCUUGUCGGAAGAAUGGCCCAAUACAGUUAUGAUCAUCCUGAUGACCAAUUCUUCCAUGUCUAA